UACUGUGUGUAACUUCUGCAUAACAGAAAGUUAUGGUAAAAUAUAUUGAAUUUACCAUUACAAAUGGUCUCUUAUCUGCUACAUGUGAUUGACACUAUCAGUCUGGUGACAAAUUGCUUGUUAGAGCAAUUACACCAGGAAAUAAUGUGUAAUGUCAUAAAUGAAUGGAUACAUGCCAAAAAGAUAAGUUUAUUUCAGUAUUUAACCUUCUCAUAUUUAACUUUGGAAACUGGUAUAUAAAAAGUAAGAGAGUUUGUUUCAUUUAGCCCAGCAGAUCUUGAAUUUCCUCUGCCAUCAAAAUGAAGCUCGCUAUUGUGAUUGCUGCUCUGCUCAGAGUCUUCCUAGCUCCAAUUUUUGCUAAUGAUAAUGUGAAUAAAAACAAUCAGGGAAACGAUGGUGGAAACUCCCACCAGACUGUGAGCAUCAACAACGAUAAGCACGUGGUCAACAUUGAUUCAAACAACGGCUGGAAUUCAUGGAACUCCAUCUGAGAUUAUGGCAAUGGUUACAUUGCAACCAGGAUACUUUCAAAGAAAGCCUGCAUCAUUGCUAAAAUAAACAAAAAUGUUAUGCCUGAUGUAGUAGAGCUUCCGCAGCUGAUUAAAGAAAAGAAGGAAGCCGGCUCUCGAGGGCCUCCCCCAGAAGAACUGCAAUUCACCAUCUCAAAAACCACAGUCAGUGACCUGGCCCCGUAUGGGAAGUCUGUUGAAUCUAUGUGCAAAGGAAUUCCAACCUAUGUUGUUUGUGAAGCUCAUGGAGACAACCUUUUAUUUUAUUCUGGGCAAUGUUUCAAGACUAAUAUAAUGCACACGAUGACAUUAAACUAUUGCGAUGAAACUGCAUCUUUCAAAUAAAAUUGUUGCUGAUAUAAUCCUGCUAACAAUGCCCUCACUGAUUAGAAAAAUAA